GAAAAGUAUAACCUUAAAAUAUCUGUUUACUAACACUUUCCGUAGGAUAGUAUAUACCUAUAUAAAUAGGUAUAUUUAUCAAUAAUACAGAACUUGAACCUAGACUUGCCCCCUUUUCAUCCCACGUGAGGAUUGCGUUCCCGAUUUUUGAUAUUUAUUAGUGGAAAAGAUGGAAAAGGUGGCCAACAUGUUUGGUCGUGGCACUCCUGCCGGUGACGCCAUCUAUCGUUGCUACGCGGUGCCGUCGAAGCCCAGCACGUAUGACCCUGAGCUUGCAACCCUCCUGGCGAAACGACGUCGCGAACGAGAGGCGACGGAGGCUGCGAUGGUGCAUCCUAAGCCCAUUCCAAAGUCCAAAGCGACGGUUCAGAGGCCGAGAGUGGGCCUGGGCGUUCGACCUAGCCGUACUGAUAUCGCAUCUAUGCGGCUUCGACAGAUUCAACAUAGGAAGCCACUCGAGGCGAUUGAACGUGAAAAGCGCCAGCAAAGUCCCCCAAUGGCACCUAUUUAUACGAAACCGCCGUUAACCGAGGCUGAAAAGCUUCGUUUAUGUGAUGUGAUGCACUAUGGCCAUGAAUUGCCGCCGAUGGAGAAGUUAUCGGCUUUGCAUCGCAUGCGUAUGCGGCAAAUAGACCCCAUUUUUGACCUAAAGGACCGUUUUAAUUCGCUACAGGACUACGCUAAGGAGAUUUCGAACGAAUUGCACCAACACCGUGUAGAAAACCAGUCAGGCCUUAGCAGCGCAGAGGUUGGUGCAAGCCACGAAACAACUUUAGAUACGAAUCCUAGUAGUGGCGCUGGAGGAGCCGGCUCCAGUAUUCAUGUUGAUCACCAAAAGAACAGCAACAAACAUAAAAAUAAAGUCAAUUCUUCUAAGCGUCGUGAAACGACACACAAUAUGCUUGAACAACAUCAUCGCGAGAGAGAGCUUAUUGGGACUCUGGAUACUGUCAUUAAAGCUAUGGAGGAGCUUGAUAUCAAAAUUAAAGAAAAACAGGGAUUAUGAUUAUAAUGAAUGCUACGAAAAAGCAUCUCCUGAACAAAGUAUAUUGCUACUGUUGUUGCUAUUUCCAUUUUUUCCCCCACCACGAUGAUCUGAAAGAGAGUUGAAAAGUGUAAAAUUAGAAGUGCGUAUAUCCUAUAAUGUAUUGUCUACAAGGAAGGAGCUCAUUUCGCUAAAUAUAGCGAUGCUUGUGAAAA